UCUGGGGCCGGGGUCGUGUCUCUGGGGCCGGGGUCGUGUCUGGGGCCGGGGUCGUGUCUCUGGGGCCGGGGUCGUGUCUCUGGGGCCGGGGUCGUGUCUCUGAGGACGGCGUCUGGCGGAUGCUCAGAACUUUCAAAGUGACUUUAUUGUUGAAGGUGCGGACCAUAGCCCACUUAUGACUACCGGCAGAGUUGAUGAUGUCAAAAUCUUCUCUCAGCAGAAAGGUUGUUUCUGCUAAGGUGACGGAGUGGGUGAAUCCAUCUUUUGAUUGUGUCAGCAAAUCUACUUUACCAAUGGUUUUAGACAGUGAACUGUCUGGUUAUUCAAAGUCAAGUGGUGAGAACCAGAAAAUACUUUGUACAAAACGAGAAAAGACUUUUCAGCCCAAGAACUUGAACAGCACAAGGAGUCAUAAAAGAAUUCGGGGAGCUUAUACAGACCAGAUUUUGGGUCGCCAUCGGCAAAACUCACCUUCAAAUCAUAGUGAUUCCUGGGUGGAUGAAUAUAGACCUCAGUCACAGAGUGAACUUGCAGUUCACAAAAAGAAAAUUGAAGAGGUUGAUAAUUGGCUUAAGGCCCAUACAACAAAGAGAUGUCAUCAGCAAGAUGGCUCCAUUCUGCUGCUAACGGGUACUGCAGGCACCGGCAAGACUGCUACAAUACAGGUUCUUGUAAAGGAACUGGGAAUUCAACUACACGAAUGGGUAAAUCCAUUAUCACAGAAUAAAUUUAAAACUCGUGAUGAAUUUGACGACUCCUGUAAUACUGACUCAAGCUUUCAGGCGUAUGUGAGCAAGCCACAGUCUGUUCUAUUUCAAGAAUUUUUACUGCGAGCCAACAAGUAUAAAAAACUCCAGAUGGUGGGAGAUACUAUGGAGACAGACAAGAAACUGAUUCUUGUAGAAGAUAUCCCUAAUCAGUUUUAUAGAGAACCCUCCUGUUUGCAUGACAUUUUACGGAAUUUUAUUCAGACAGCAAGAUGUCCAUUGGUGUUCAUAAUAUCUAACAACGUUUGUGGAGACAGCAAUCAACGUUUGCUCUUCCCAAAUGACAUCCAAAAGGAAUUGGGUAUCUUUAAUAUUAGUUUUAAUCCAGUGGCUCCCACGAGUAUGUUGAAAGUUCUAAGUAGAAUAUCUGCCCAAGAGGCUAGCAAGAAUGCUGGCAAGUCUAUUGUUCCUGACAAGAGUGUAUUGGAGAUGCUCUGUACGGGCAGCGCAGGAGACAUCAGAAGUGCAAUAAACAGUCUUCAAUUUACUUCAGUGAAAGGCAGCACGCCGGAUCAGAUUCAUUUGUUAAACAGUAAAGGAAAGUCUUCAAUAAGAACAGGCACAUCUUCAAGAGGAAAAUGUAAAGGAAAUUCGUCAAAGACACAUGAAAAGGGAAGUGGGCUACCUGCCAUUGGCGGCAAAGACCAAUCGCUCUUUCUGUUUCGAGCUCUGGGUAGAAUUAUGUAUUGCAAAAGAGAGCCGCCCAAUGACUUGCAGUUGAAUCCAUUACCGAUCCAUUUAGCUGAGCAUGAGAGGGAUCCACUUCUAGUCAAUCCUGAGGAGGUGAUUGAAAAUUCACACAUGUCUGUGGAGAUGUUCAAUCUAUAUCUUCACCAAAAUUAUCUUGAUUUCUUUGGUGACAUAGACGACAUUGUGCGAGCUAGCGAUUACCUAAGUGAUGCAGACUUCUUAACAGUAGAUUGGAAUCAUCGUUCGACUAUGUGGAAAUAUAGUGCAUCUGUGGCUACACGAGGUCUGAUUCAUGCUAACAAAGCUCGAGCUCGGGCUAAUUGUAAAGGAGGAGCUGGUUUCAAGCCUUUACACAAACCACAGUGGCUGUCAAUAAGUAAAAAGUAUAGGGAAAAUUGUCUCGCAGCCAGAGGUUUUUUCUCAAAUUUUUGUUUAGGCCCACUAUGCCUUCAGACUGAGUUAUUGCCAUACCUUGCUCUGCUGACAAACCCCAUGAGAAAUCAAGCACAAAUCAAUUUUAUCCAAGAUGUGGGAAGGUUUCCUUUCAAGCGGUGCACUACCAGGCUAACAUUGGAAGCUUUAACUGAUAGGGAACCUGGUGUUAUUGAACAUGACAUUGAGGAAGAGACUCGGACAUCAUCUUCGGCCAGUACAGUCGGCCAGUCUGGUGGAGGAGACUUGCCAAGCAGCCAACCUCAACCUACUAUAACACAAGUCUUUCUAGAAGAAGAGGAAUUCAUAAUUGAGGAAUAUGAUAGUGACUAAUGCGGAAAUGCUUUUCUGUUCUAACUUACGGGUAGAUUGAUAUUUAUUUUUGAUUAUUGAAAUGCUGUUAAAUAAUGGAUCUAAUGCAUUUUUUUUUGCAAAUUUAGGUUUAGCUGGAACCAGAGCAGCUAAAAGGAGUAUUUGAAAUUAUUUAAGCAUAAAAUAAUGUUUACACGAAACAUCUAAAACUCUGGAACCAUCAAAAGUGAUUUAAUUUCCCCUUAGCUCACUAACUUUAACUGAAACUUUACAGUCUCUUGGUAGAUCUAUUAUAACAAGUUAACUUCACUGAUUGUACCAAAGGAAUCGAUCUGUUGUACAUUUAUGCCAUAAUUCUUUUUGUCAAUGUCAUAUUUUUUGUUGUUUUUAUUGAGCUUGUUUAUAUAAAACGUGCCCUGGGUUGAAAAUGUAAUCAUUUUUUUUCCGAGAGUUUAGAGACGAAAAUGAAGUUAUUGGAGCAAAUUAUAAAUUUAUAUUUAUAUUUAUAUUUGACAUUGCCUUUGGUUAAAAAAAAUGAGUCAAAAAGUCCUUGUACAGCAAUCUGAGCCUAAUAAAUGAAUUAUUCAUGUGACAGAUGAAUAGAUCGACAUUAUUUAGUUGUAGAAUUCACUGAGACAUGCAGGACACAGUAGGUUACUCCAUACUAAAAUUAUGUUACAUCUUUUAAUGAUCACAGUAAUGCUUGAUUUAUUGUUUUUCAAUUUGUAAGAUUAUUUAUAAUACUUCUAAUAGUCAUAGAGUGAUACAGUGUGGAAACAGGCCCCUUGACCACACCAGCCAACAAAGUCCCAGCUACUCUAAUCCCACUUGCCUGCUCUUGGUCCUUAACCCUCCAAAUCUGUCCUAUCCAUGUACCUGUCCAACUGUUUUGUAAACGUUGCGAUAGUGCCAGCCUCAACUACCUCCUCUGGCAGCUUGUUCCAUACACCCACCCUGUGUGGAAAAAGUUACCCCUCGGAUUCGUAUUAAAUCUUUUCCCCUUCACCUUGAACCAAAUUUGGUCCUUGAUUUCCCUACUCUGGGUAAAAGACUGUGCAUCUACCCGAUCUACUCCUCUCAUGAUUUUGUACACCUCUGUAAGAUCUCCCCUCAUGCUCCUACGCUCCAUGGAAUGGAGAUCCAGCCUAUUCAACCUCUCCCUAUAGCUCACACUCUCGAGUCCUGGCAACAUCUUCGUAAAAGGAUGCCAAAGAAAACACUCAAUAUCUAAAUAGUCCAAUAUUUCACUGGAAUAUAGUUGUUACAAAUGAUAUUUUGAUCAACUGCAUCUACUUUUUAACGGAAUACUAUAUUUAGUAAUAUUACAUUAUAUUGUAAAUAUCUUCAAAUACCAAUCUAGGAUCUCUUCCCAAUGUAAGUAGUGAUAAAAGAGAACUAAGUUGUUGAUUACAUCAAAUCUUGUUCUGUAUGUAUUGCACAAGAAUAAAUGAUUCAGAAAAUGA